CCACUAAACUGUUUUGGAAGCUGGGAUCAUUUUCGAGGAAACUUUUCGGUUCGGGAAGAUGGACCCCUUGGGCUGGUGCUUCCUCUACGGUCUCUUGGCUUGGUCGAUGGGCAUCAGCCACACCCAAGAAGCUGCAUACUUCCAAGAAAGUCCUUCAAAUUUGACCUCGUCUUUGGGGAAGGACGUGAAACUCACCUGCUCGGUCCUGGCCCUGGGUGAGGCACCGGAGAUAAGCUGGCUGCGAGAUGGCGAGGCCUUCGAAUUUGCCGAUAGUAACCAGUUCCAGAUGCCUUUGGAAGAAGGAGAAUGGCUGACCACCAGCGAACUGAGCAUCUCUUCCCUCCAGCUCUCGGACAUGGGAAAUUACCAAUGUGUGGCCUCAGUCAACGGAUCUGAAGUUUUCUCUGAAGAGGCUUAUCUGCAGUUAGAAGGCCUCCCCUUUUUCUCCGAGGAACCCCAAGACCUGGAGGUCACGGCCGGUACCCUGUUCAACCUCAGCUGUGGAGCCCAGGGACCCCCCGAACCGGUCUUGGUGAUUUGGCUGCAGGACAGCGUACCCCUCAACUCCUUGGCGGACCGCCUGGCAGAGACCCCCUCCGUGCUGGGGGUGAGAGGGCUGAAUCACAGCGCCUCCUUCUCGUGCGAAGCCCACAACGCCAAGGGAGUCAGCACAUCGCGAACUGCGGUGGUGAAAGUGUUACCUGGGCAGCCACAUGACUUAUCCGUUGCCCAUCGCAGUGGCCACAGCCUGGAUGUGACGUGGGAGCCUGGUUUUGGUGGCGCCUAUGCACAGGAGUUCUGCACCAUCCAGGCUAUGCGCUCCGAUGAUGACCUGAGCACCGUUUCCGAGGAGCUGUACAACCGCAAGAUCCGCGUCCCGCCUUUCAGCCACACGCUGGACGGCCUGGAAGCCUUCACCACCUACCACGUGCGCGUGGCCUGCCAUUCCACCGAGGGCCACUCGCCCUGGACCCACUGGGUGGCUAUGGACACCUUGGAAGGAGUGCCUGCAACCGCGCCGGAGAACAUCGAGGCUAAACAGAACGGCAGCUGUUGCACCAUCCUCCGGUGGAGACAGCCGCGGGGCAGCAUGAACGGGAUUCUUCAGGGGUACAAGCUGGUGUGUCAAAGUGGGGAUUCACCCGAGGUGAUUGUGGAUGUGGGACUGACCAACGAAACAGUGUUGUCUCUGAACUCAAGUGUACAGAACUUGACCGUACGGAUUGCAGCCUACACCAGUGCUGGAGACGGACCCUGGAGCGAAGCCAUCACGAUCCUCUCCUCGGAACCAGGUGAAUUACUACCAGCUCCUCAGUCAGUAGGACUCUCCGUUCCCGCCUUCUCCUGGAACUGGUGGUACGUGGUGAUCGCCGUGGCCACUGCCGUGGCCGCCACCAUCUUCAUCAUCAUCUUCUUGGCACGUAUGAGGAAAAAGGAAACACGCUAUGGGGAAGCCUUUGAGCCCAACAUGGAGCAGGGAGAGCUGGUGGUUCACUAUCGCGCCCGCAAAUCGUACAGCCGCCGGACUACGGAAACUACUUUGAACAGCCUGGGCAUCAGUGAAGAACUGAAGGAAAAGCUUCAAGAUGUAAUGAUUGACCGCCAUAGAGUAGCCCUGGGAAAGACGCUUGGCGAAGGAGAAUUUGGCUCGGUUAUGGAGGGUCAACUCAGCCAAGACGGUGCUGUCUUUAAAGUUGCGGUCAAGACUAUGAAGAUUGCCAUAUGCACCCGCAGUGAGAUGGAGGACUUCCUCAGUGAGGCCGUUUGCAUGAAGGACUUUGACCAUCCCAACGUCAUGAAACUGAUCGGCGUCUGCCUGCAGAACACAGAAAGCGAAGGCUAUCCGUCCCCUGUGGUAAUCCUGCCAUUUAUGAAACAUGGAGAUCUACACAGCUUCCUGCUGUACUCCCGGCUUGGGGAGAGCCCUGUGCACCUGCCCAUGCAGAUGUUGGUCAAAUUCAUGGUGGACAUUGCAAGUGGCAUGGAGUACCUCAGCAGCAAGAACUUCAUUCAUCGGGACCUCGCUGCCCGCAACUGCAUGCUGAACGAAAGCAUGACGGCCUGUGUGGCCGAUUUUGGCCUCUCCAAGAAGAUCUACAACGGUGACUAUUACCGCCAAGGUCGUAUCUCCAAGAUGCCGGUGAAGUGGAUUGCCAUCGAGAGCCUGGCCGAUCGCGUUUACACCACCAAGAGCGACGUGUGGUCCUUUGGAGUCACCAUGUGGGAAAUUGCCACUCGAGGCCAGACGCCUUAUCCCGGGGUGGAAAACAGUGAAAUUUACGACUACCUACAUCAAGGCAACCGCCUCAAGCAGCCGAUUGACUGCCUGGAUAGCCUGUAUGAGCUGAUGACGAGCUGCUGGGCGCUGAACCCCCGCGACCGCCCCACUUUCGAAAUCCUAUCCCAGGAGCUGGAGAAGACCCUCAAGUCACUCCCACCUCCCAAAGACCCCGAAGAGAUCCUCUAUGUCAACAUGGACGAUGGCGUGGCCCCCGCCGAGGUGGAGCUGGGCGCCGUGGGAGGCCUGGGGCCCGAGGAAGCCCUAGCCAAGGAGAGCCAGCUGCUGAAGGCCAUGGUGACGUCCGCCGAGGUGCACCCGCCACAGGCCAUGGGCCGCUACGUGAUGUGCCCCACUCCCCUCGAGAACAGCCGGCUCUUGACCGAAGCCCUCGGCUGCGCCGCCACUGAGGAAGGGGCCUAAAAAGGGAAGAUCUGCAGACCUAUCCAUUGGGUGUUUAUGUACCCAAUUGGAAGGCACCCUGUUUGGUGACCCCCACCCACCUCUCUGCCCCCAAGAGGGGGCUUCCAAAGACAAACCUUUGAGGCCCAUGGACAUCCUUCACCCGACGGAUCUCUCUCCCACCUGACUCCGCUGACCUGCGCCCACAAAUCGAGGACCUCCUUACCUGUUCCAGUUCACCUGGGCCAGAGUGGGUUUCCAGCAGGCCACCCCUUGCGUGGGUCUCCUCGUCGCCCCCUCCUCUUCUUUCUCUCCCCUCUAGGCCCGGCAUUCCUUCUUGCCCCCCUCAAGGCAAACCCACGGACUCGGAGCGGAUGCAAAGA